UCGAACUCCCGACCUCGUGAUCUACCUGCCUCAGGCUCCCAAAGUGCUGGGAUUACAGGUGUGAGCCCCUGCGCCUGGCCUCCCUCAAGGAAGAUUUCAAGUAAAGUGGAUGCCAGACUUUUAGCAGGGACAGAGACCACAGACCAGCCUAGAGACACCUGUCCCUUGGAGCUGGGACCUUGCCCUUCUGGGCCUCAAAGGGUUAACACCCCUGGCUCUCCUCCCCUCCCCUCCCCUCCCCUGGGCCUUUGACCCCUCCCAGCCUCUCUCCUUCCCUCCACUGACACCUUUGCCCAGUGACGUAGGUCUGUCCCUGCGCAGACCUGGCCGUUCCGGGGCUGCCAUGUUCUCCCUGCCAUCCCUCCCCUCCUGGCUCCCCGGCCUCCCCUCCCUCGAGUGGGGUUCUAGCCUCCUCCACUCCCUCCUGCAAGGUGAGCACCUCGCCCCAUUCCUGCCUUGGCCCCGCCCCCUUCCAGCUCUUUGCAGUGCAGGGUGGACCCCACCCACCUGGUCUCCCGCCACCCCUGACCCUUGGCCGCCCCCUCCUCUGACCCUACCAACCAAGCCUGCCCUCCUAACACCCCUGCAUGCUGCCUCGCUGCCUUGCUGCCUCCCUCCUGCCCCCUCAGGCCUGAUCGGGGCCCUUGGAGUCUUGGUCCUGAAUAGCCUCCUGAAAGUUUACUUCUUCGUGGGCUGUGCCAAUGACCCGCAGCGGUGGCCCGAAAAGGAGCGGCUUCGGGCCCAGUGGGCCUCACUGGAAACAGUGCACCUGGCAGGGCUGGCCCUGUUUCUGACGGUCGUGGGGUCCCGGGUGGCUGCCCUCGUGGUGCUUGAGUUCUCCCUCCGGGCUGUGUCCACGCUGCUGUCACUGGACAAGGGCUCCCAGGGUGCUGCCGAGAGGCUGCAGCUUUACCUGCUGUGCCAGUACUCACUGGGCUGCGGGCUGACCUGCGGCCUGAGCUUCCUGCAGGAGGGCGCCCCUCACCGCACGCUGAACCUGCUGCUGAGCCUCGGGCUGGCCAUGCUGCUGGGUCUGGGUGCCCGGCGCCUCCGCCGCCACGUCUGCCGCCUCUACGAGCUGCACAGCAGCCAGCACUACUGUGGGGUGUGCCUGGGCCUGCUGGCCGGUGCGCACGGCCUCCCCCAGCUGCUGGGCCGCGCCCUGGCCGUGGCCUUUGCCGUGGGUGACCUGGCAGCUGUGGCCCUCAUCAACCAGGACUUCCUGACCACCUCGGAGGCCGUGCGGUUCUGGACACCGCUCACCAUCUGCUACACGCUGCUGGUCAUCUACAUGCAGGAGGAGCAGCGGCAGCACCCCGGCCUGCAGAGCAAAGUGCAGACGGUGCUGGUGCGCAUGGGCGGCCUCUUCGUGCUGCUGCUGACCGUGGGCCGCUGGCUGGACCUGCUGGGCAUCUUUGUCUCCCUGCUGGGCGAGCUCUGGUGUCUGGUGGGCGUCCGCACCCUGCUUGACCUCUGCCAGAUACAGGUGGGCACCCCCAUCCAACGUGUCCCGCAGACAAUCUCUGCUUCAAACAGCCCAGGAGCCUUAAGAGGCUCAAGUUUAAGAAGAGCCAGCUGGGCACGGUCGCUCACACAUGUAAUCCCAAAUACUCAGGAGGUUGAGGCCUAAGAAUCACUUGAACCCAGGAGGCAGAGGUUGCAGUGAGCCAAGAUCGUGCCACUGCACUCCAGCCCGGACAACAGAGUGAGACUCUGUCUCCAAAAAAAAAGACAGAGCCAGGGUGAGCUCUGUUGGGGGUCAGGGGCAGAAGGAGCUGGAAUCACCUCUCCCACCCUCUGUCAUCAGGCCAGGGCUAUCCUCUAGGUCACUAGCACCCCCUACCCUGUCCACAGCCCUCUCCAGCAGCAACCCAGAGGCCCAAGUGGGAGAAAGUGCCCGGGUCACUAGAGGCCCAAGGCCCCCAGGGGGAUGGUGAAUGGUGGUGUCAUUCUCAAUGCCUUUCCUCAGGAUUUUCCAUCCCAGAGGCCUCCAGUGUCAACACCAAGCCAGCCCCUGCCCUCGGCACCCCAGUCCCAGAGUUCGGUCCCCUCCUGACCUGCCUCAGGGAGGAUCUGGAGUCUGUCUCAAGCCCACCAGCCUGACCUUCGAGGCCUUGACCCCAGGGCGAUGCCUGGAGGCAGAGUGGCAGGGCUGGCCCCCUGCCCAGAGCUCAACACAGGCCCUAGGAACCCCAAGAAGGGAAGGCAGGAUUUGGCGAUGGGAGCCUCUGUAGAGGGGACACCUAGGGGCCCCUGGUUGAACCCUCUUUUUCUCAGGGUGGGCAAUGAUGCAGCCCCUCAGACCUGCCUUCCUGGGCAGGGGUGGGGGGUGCAUCCUCAGGAGGGCUCCCCCUUUACUGGUCUGCCUUCCCUUUUCCAUGGACAAUAAAGACAAUGACUUUAUCCACCUGUGCUUAGAAUCACAAACACACAGAGGCCAGGCAUGGUGGCUCAUGCCUGUAAUCCCAAUACUUUAGGAGGCUAAGGCCGGCGGAUCACCUAAG